GAGAGUGAGGGGCCCAAAUUUCAAUGUUUUUAGGAGUUAUAAGAUGUGAAAUUGUUUGGUGCAUAUUAUAUAUAGAAAUUUCAGAUGCUUUUUAGAGAGAGAGAAUCUUUGGAUGGAUCUUAAUAUGGGAGAGGCAAAGAAACCACGGAUUGGAUGGUUAUGGUUUCUAGAGAGAGAAACGCUGGACUUCAAUCGGGUCAGAGACUUUAAAAAAAGCAAAAGGAGAAGAAAAAAGGGAUUUUUAUAAAUUCAAAUAAAAAUGAAUGAGAACUCUUUAAAACAGUUGUGGAAAUUCGUUUUGUCAUCAAACUAAGUACUUUUUGUUUUUGUUAAUGCCCGAAUCUCGUGGACGGAUGAAAAAGAGAAAAAAAAAAAAAAUGGGAAUUUUCUUUGUAUCAAUAGAUUUCUCUCUCUAGAUUCAUUUAUUAUUAUUACUAUGAGCAUGUUCUUCUUUUGAUCUUUUGUUUUUUUGACCUUUCUCUCUCUAAAACCACUGACAUUCACCAUAACAAAGGGAAAUUAACCCAUAUGAAUAGGAGAUUUUUGGUUUUUUUCGAGAGGUGGAAUUUUAUCACGCAAGGAUUCUUAUUAUAUAAUUGUUUUUUAGGACUUGGGGUUUUUAUGUGUGUGUGAAUAUGUGGCCUUUUUUGGGUGGGGGAUUUCUAGGCAUUAGGGUUUCAUUAGCGCUUUACUUUUCUGGUUCUCUAGGGUUUGGAUCCCUUUUUGCUUGAUUUUGGGGGCGAUUUGAGGGCCUCUCUCCACUGUUCUGUGCGGCUUUGUGCUGAGAAGUUGUGAGCUUUCUUCGAUUUUGGAUCGUUUUGUAGUUUUUCUCCGGUGGGUUUCCUCUUGGUAUGUGAUUUCUCUCAAGGUUUAUCUUAUGCUUGUUCUUGGUGGUUGAAGGUUGAAUUUUUUGGGGUGUUUUUGUUCUCCUGUUUUUUUGGUUGGAUAUAUUUUUUUCUCAUCUGUGUAUUUUUCUCUAUUGGGUUUUUUUGUUUUGAAAGAGGUCGAGCGUUUGGAGGUGGUUGAUGCCUGGUUUUUUUGGUCUUUAGGGUUUGAUUCGGCUUUUUGCAGGUGGAUAUUUUUUUAAUUUUUUUAUUGGUUUUUAAAGUUGAUGUUUUCUGGUUUCUGUCUGGAGUUUGGAUCUCUCUCUCUCUCUCUCUCUGUGCUUCAAUUGUGAGGUCUACAGGAAGUUCCAUUGAUUAGGGUUUGCGUUCAUGGCAAUUGGUUGUUUUCUGUUAAAAUCAAGAAAGGGCUUAGUAAACUAGUUUUCUUUGAGAUUCGGGGAAGGAGAGCUAAGUGUUUUGUUGCUUUAAGGUGCCAUUUCGUAUUGAAAAUCAAGAGGAAAUCCUCUGGUUUUUCCCAUCUCUUCAUAGAGGGGGUCAUGUAUAAAAAAUGUUACAAGGCCAAGGUACUUACAGUGUGCCAAAGCAGUCUUGCAUUCUUCUUGGUGUCCUUUGUGGUAAGCGCUCUGAUAAGGAGAAGCAAGAGAAUGCAGAGGAUCGCCCUGUCUACCCAUUCCCAGAACUUGUUUCUUCAGGCCGUUUAGAGGUUCAGAUAAUUACUAAUCCCUCAAGCGAAGAAUUUAAACGUGUUUUAGAGUCUUCAGAUUUCGAUUUUGUUUACUUGCAAGGGGAGCAGUCUUUGCAUAAAGAUGAAGUUGGGCCUUUGGUUUUGGGGGAUGUCAAUAUAUCCUCAGCUGAUGCCAUAACAAGACUCUUUGGUUCCAAAUUACCGUCCACGGUUUAUUUGGAGAUACCAAAUGGUGAAAAAUUGGCAGAGGCACUGCACUCCAAGGGUGUCCCAUAUGUAAUAUAUUGGAGGCAUUCUUUUUCAUGCUAUGCAGCUUGCCAUUUUCGGCAAGCCUUGGUAUCUACGUUGCAGAGUUCAAGCUGUCAUACAUGGGAUGUUUUCCAACUCGCACAAGCAUCAUUCAGACUUUAUUGUGUUCGGAACAACCAUAACCUAGUUCUCAAUGGUCAAAAAGUUAGUGGUAAGCUCGGGCCACGCCUUCUUGGGGAAGCUCCAAAGAUAUUGACGCCAAUUCUCCAAGAUACAGGUGAAAGUGAAGGCUCACCGAGUACACUUUCCGCAAUAAAGAUUUAUGAUGAUGAAGUGAGCCUUAGAUUUCUUGUUUGUGGAGAGCCAUGCACAUUGGAUGCAUGUUUGUUGGGAUCUCUAGAAGAUGGCCUGAAUGCCCUUUUGAGUAUUGAAAUACGUGGGAGCAAACUUCAUAACCGUGUCAGUGCCCUUCCUCCUCCUUUAGCUGCUGGAACCUUUUCUCGUGGAGUUAUAACAAUGCGAUGCGACCUAUCAACAUGUAGUUCUGCACGGUUAUCACUUUUGGUAUCUGGUAGCGCACAAACGUGUUUCGAUGAACAGCUCCUAGAAUGCCAUAUAAAGAACGAACUUAUAGAGAAAAGUCCUUUGGUCCGUGCCUUGCCCAGUUGUGAAGAAAGCAAACCAUCUUUAUCUGUGCCUCGGAAAUCUGCUUGUGUAGCUUGUGGGGCUGCAGUAUUUGAAGUUUGGAUGAAGGUUCCAUCAUGGGCUGCGCAGGUUCUGUGUCAGCUUGCCCCAGAAAUUCCUUACCGCAGCUUGGUUACACUUGGCAUUGCUAGUAUUCAGGGGACACCUGUUGCCUCCUUUGAGAAAGCUGAUGCUGACCGCCUUCUUUUCUUCUGCACAAAACAGGGGAAGAGCUCAGAUAUCUUGCUGCAACUUUUUAGAAACUCCUUAUCAACCCCUGCUAACUGGUUAAGACCCACACCCCCUAGAAAAAUAAGGUUGAACCUUUGGUCUGGUAGUUCUAACACAACAAAUACUUCUAACCAAGUUCAGGGUGAUCGUAAACGAAUCAAGUUAAAGGAUGAAAAGAAUACACCACCUCGGUCACCAAUUGAGCAAAAAGUGCUUCAGAAUGUUAAUGAAGAAGAGCCCAAGUUGAAGAUUGAAGAGAAUGGCUCAAUACUGCCAACUAGGAAGAGAAUGGUGCUUCGUGCUUUGAGGCCUAUUCCUCAUAGCAGAAGGCACAAGCUUCUUCCCUUUACUGGAGUGCCAGAACUGGACCCACAUGAUGGUAGUCCAUUGAAGGCUAGUGGACCAGUUGUGGCUUCCGUGAAGCAUAAUUAUGGGGCGUCUGCCCCUGUGUCUCAUCGCAAGAAUCUAACAAGCUCCUUUCAGGCUCAACAGAUUGUUUCAUUGAAUCCUUUGCCAUUGAAGAAACAUGGGUGCAGCAGAGGUCCCAUCCAAGAGUGCUCUGAAGAGGAAUUUCUGAGGGAUGUUAUGCAAUUUCUCAUCCUUAGGGGUCACACGCGGCUUGUUCCUGCAGGUGGACUGGCAGAGUUUCCUGAUGCCAUCCUUAAUGCUAAGCGUUUGGACCUUUACAAUCUUUAUAGAGAGGUUGUUUCUAGAGGAGGGUUCAAUGUCGGGAAUGGAAUUAAUUGGAAGGGACAGGUUUUCUCAAAGAUGCGUAACCAUACAACAACCAACAGAAUGACGGGUGUUGGGAACACAUUGAAAAGACAUUAUGAGACAUACCUUCUGGAGUAUGAGCUUGCACAUGAUGAUGUCGAUGGUGAAUGUUGCUUAUUGUGUCACAGUAGCGCGGCUGGAGAUUGGGUGAACUGUGGGAUAUGUGGCGAAUGGGCCCACUUUGGCUGCGACAGACGGCUAGGCCUUGGUGCAUUUAAGGAUUAUGCCAAGACAGAUGGAUUGGAGUAUAUUUGCCCAAGGUGUAGUGCCUCCAAUUUUCGUGGUGCCUCAGCUCGAAAGACCCAAAAAAUGGGAAAUGGUUAUUCACAGGCAUUGACAGUCUCUCACCGCUUGUAAUUUUGGUCCUUUUUCUUCUUUUUGAUGAUUUGUGAGAAGAGAAGCCCUAUUUAUGGGUCCAUUUGUAAUAUAUAAUAUAAGUUUUUUUGCGGGUAUAAGAAAUAUAUUCAAUUUCA